AACCCUAAACGUCGGAGUUGUCUUUUCUGAGAGACAACGGCAAAUUUUGUUAUUAUUUUGAGUUAGGUAGGCUUUAAAUUUUACAAUUUAGAAUAGUUUUGGUUUAAGUAAUUAACGUUUGGACUGAAGUUUUGGUCAUCAAAUUAGUGCAUAGGCUGUGAAUUGUGUGCAGUAAAGUGAGAAGCUAAAAUUUACCUAUACCUAAAUAUUAAGUGACCAUGGGUAAUUCCCGGAAUAAAAAGACGCCUAAAAAGCGUAAAACGCCUAAUAAAAAAAAUUGUCGAAGAACUUCCAGCCAGAAAGAAAACGUGCCGAAAUCUGAGACUAAGAAGCCAAAAACACCUAAACCCAAUGGAAGCAUAGCAAUGUCUAAACAAUUAAUGUUAAAGAAGCGAAAUGCGAACACUCAAGAGCGGCGGUCAUCCAGAUUAAGUGAAAAGUGUUGUGUGAAUCGCAAGCCUAACCCAUCAUUAGCUGAGCUGGAAAGAAUGUAUGCAGAUUCAGAUGAAGAUGACGAAUCUCCAAAAACUCCUUCACAAUCACCUAAAAAAGAAGAGGAAAACCUGUUAUCACCCACAACAAUUAGCAAAAUAUCUCAACGAGUUAUGGGUUUGAUAGAGAGCACCGAUCCCACUGAGCUAUUGCAGGAAGUUGCACCGUUACUUGAGGAACCUCCACCACCUGUGAUUCCAGUUAAAAAGAGGAAAAAGUCUGGCAUUCCAUACAUUGUUGGUUGCAAGGAUCGUCCACAAGUAAUAAGAAAGCCAUCAGUGAAGUUCUGUAAAGGUGAUGAAAAAUAUGGAGUGAAUUCUUCAGAUAACGAGGAAUCAGAUGAACCUCCCAAAAAACGAGCUAAACCUUCAAGGAUACCUAACUAUUCAAAAUCCAUAUUUAAUGCUAAAAGUGAUGAAAUUGCAGAAAGACUUGUAAAAGAAGAUGGGGAACAUCUUAGUGAUACUAGUGUAGAUAGUAAUAAAACUGUAGAGUACGAUCCAACACCCUACCAGAACUCCAGGCCACAUUCAUUCUCACCUAAGCCAAGUACAUCUAGAGAUGAUAAAGUUUUUAUGGAAAAUGAUCAGAGAUUCAAUGAAAGCCUGAAGAAAAUGAAAGGAGAAAUGGAUGAAAGAAGGGAGGUUAAAGAUUUGGAUGAAACAAUGAAAAUUGAAGAUAUGGAUGAAACAAUCAAAAUUGGAGAUAUGGAUGAAACAAUAAAAAUUGAAGAUAUGGACGAAGUCAUGGAAAUCAAAGAUGUUGAUGACACAAUAGAAAUUAAAGAUGUCGAUGAAACAAAGGCUGAAAUUAAAGAUGUAAAUAUUAUUGAUAUGUCAUAUGAAACCAUUGUAAUUGAUGAUCCUGUAGAUGUCAAACCUAGAAAUAAAAUUCAAAACCCCACUAGUGUUACAGAUGAGACUGUGGUUGCGAGUAUUGAACCAAAAAACCUAGAGGAUGUUAAACCAAAACAAAUUGUUGAAAUACAAAGUGUACCUGAUGAUAAUGAUGAAGACUGCAUAAUAGUUCCAAAUACUCCAAGUAGUAGAGAUCAAAAUACUUCAAAUAGCAAACCUAUUGUCAUUGAAGAUGAGUAUAAAAGCAUUGACAAUAUGGAUCUGGACACUUAUACUAAUGAAUCAAUUGAAAUAAUUGAUAUUGAUGUUGAUGACGUAAUUGCUGAAAAUAAAUCCAUUCUUGAUAAAUAUAAGGAAAAUGCAACCAAAAAAAUUAAUAGAAUUAAUACAGUUCCUUCUUCUUACAACAAUUCUAAUAUUCAACAGAAACUUUUAACACAGUCUAAUGCUAAUGAUAAAGUAAUUACAAUAAAUGACAGUGAAAACAAUGAAACCAGUUCUCCAAGUAAUAAUCAAAGCAAUACUAGACCACAGUCAACACCUCAAAAUCAAAGUGCAAGGAGAACAGAACCGUCUUGUAACAAUCAAAUACAACCUUCAACAACAUCAUCGUCAUUGUCCAGAAAUAGAGCAUUAACAGAAAUUCUAAAAGAUUUUUUUAAUAUUAAUCCUACUCCAAGAAAUAUAACACAAGGGACUAUUCCGAGGUCAUUUUCAGAAAACCUUGGUGAUCUGUUCGCCCGAGUUGUUAGAUCAUUUGAAAAUAAUGCAAGAAAUAGAGAACCAUCUACCUCACGCCCUGUAAAUGCGCCUGCUGUAUCUACUCACACUUCUCCAACUGUUAACAAUAGGGGGAAUGAAACAGUAAGAGUAAAUCCUUCAUCUAAUACUAAUCGUCCAUCAAAUACCACAUCCACUGUUAAUCACGCAUCAAGUACUAAAUCUAAUGUUAAUCCUUCAUCAAAAACUACAUCUAAUGUUAGUCGAGAAACCAACAAUGAGCAACAAAAUUCAACACCUACAAGGAAUUUAGGUGACUGCCCUAUCUGUUUAGACCCCCUUACCUCAGCGGGGAUCGCCUCAACAAUAUGUGGCCACGUAUUCUGUUUGCCAUGUAUUCAAACAGCAAUCAAAGCCAAUGGUAAAAAGUGCCCUACAUGCAGGAAAGCUCUUAAAGGUGCUGGUGGUGGGUACCACCAAUUAUUCUUGUAAAUAUUUAUGAUUAUUAUAUGUUUAUUUUUGUAACCUACCAGUGUAGAACACUCAUGGUGAUUAUUGUUCUACUUAAGCCAUAUAUUCACUCUGAAGCAGAGUGCCUGCAUGGCUUUCAUCUGUUUUUUUAAUACUAGUCAUUUAGAUUGCCAUAUUUAUACAUAACGGUUAUGAAUAAAACUAGCAACUUUAGGUGUCUAUGCACUCACUAAUCAUUCCAUUUAGCAUUUUUCCAUUUUGUAAUUAAUAUAUGCAAUAAUGCAUAUACUUAUCUUGUGUAAAUCAUAUUAUAAGUAUGUGACUGCCUACUUCAAACAGUGAUAAUUUGUAUUAAGUACAAUUUAAACCUAUUUCUGUAUACCUAUUAAUUGUUUACAAUAUGGAGUACUUAUACUUUAAUGACCUAUAUAAUUAUAAUAGUAUGAAAAUUCAUACAACUAUAUAUUUUCACCUUUAGGUAUACAGGGUGGCCCAUCCAUAGGCGUCCAAAAGAAAAAUUUCGAAGCUCUAUGCUAUGGGGUAUCCAAAUCACCCCCAUGUAUGUUCAGCGAUUUUUUGUACUUUAGGAGCUA